UCGAGAUGCGACGCUGCGUUCGAUCCGUUUUGUUGUCGUUUGCCACAUUUAGAAGUCCCUUAAGUUUUACGAAGUCUUUUCUAGCAAAUAUCUUAAUUUCCUAUCUUCAUCCUCAGCGUUGAGUGGUCGAGAAAAUGUUAACGAGCACAAAAACCAUGCUUUUGUUAUCCCACAGCGUGGAACCGCGGUAAAACCUGCCUCUCCGGACUUGGAGCGCGGUUUAAGGUUAGAAAUAGGAAAUUCGUGCGUAACGCGGAUGAAUCCGAAUACCGCGGAGGAAUCGCCUCGAUUUAGCGUUCCACCCGAUUCUCGAUAACCACCGGUCUUAGUGACGGCACGACUCCACCUCGAGAGCUCUAAAGAACUCUGGACUUUGGAAAGAUGCACUCUACAUUCUGCCCUCUUCGAGUCUGUGACCACAGUGACAGGAGUACACGAUUCACCUGACGUUUUUCAUCGGGACUUGUCUUAAUAACAGUUUCUGUAACAUGCAGAAUGCAAAUAAUUUGUCCAGUAGUGGCAUCAUGGAACAAUGGAUGUACUUGUCAUAGAACAUGGGACAUGCUCUUCAAAAUUCUAUAAAAACACCUCUGAAAUAUUGAUGAUUAUACCACCGCCAAAAAUACAAAAAGAACUAUGCAAAAGUAAUUAUUGAUUUUUAGAAAAAAGAAGGUGGUGACACCGGUCGAUUAAAUGGUGCUUACUGGUGCCAUGGAGAGAAAAAUAAAACUUAAGACUCUGAAUAGUCAUAUAACGUGCAAGAUAUGUCGAGGCUACUUAAUAGAUGCAACCACUGUGACGGAGUGUCUACAUACAUUCUGCAAAAGUUGUCUAGUGAAGCACCUCGAGGAGAAGCACACUUGUCCAACAUGCCAAAUAGUUAUACACCAGUCUCAUCCUUUACAGUAUAUCAGUUUCGACAGAACAAUGCAGGAUAUUGUCUAUAAACUCGUUCCUGAUCUUCAAGAAAAUGAAAUCAAAAGAGAACGGGAAUUUUACCGGGCACAAGGUUUACCUUGUCCUAAGGAUGUUCUACCAAAUGCUGGUGAAGUCGAGGAAGAGAAACCAACAGGAGAUACUCACGCAGAGUCUGAUUAUCACCGUGCAGAUGAGCAGGUCAAUGUAUGUUUGGAAUGCAUAAAUGCAAGCCUAAAGACACUAAAGCGUAGAUUUAUUAGAUGUUCAGCACAAGCAACGAUCACUCAUCUUAAGAAAUUCAUAGCCAAAAAAGUCCUGAAUGGCAUGGAGAAGUAUCGGGAUAUCGAUAUUUUGUGUAACGAUGAACUCUUAGGUAAGGACCACACGUUAAAGUUCGUGUACGUCACAAGAUGGAGGUUCCGGGACCCACCACUAAGGUUACAGUAUAGGCCGCGCAUAGACAUCUAAUACAACAUUUUUAGAGUAAUUUGACAAGACUCGCAAACUCUUGGCUCACCGUUUCACCCUCGAUUCCGAUCGCACGUAUAUUCACUCAUUACGUUACGCGGUAUUUAUUCUUUGUGACAUUUUUUAGUGCUUUGACAUGAGGUUAAUGCGAAACCGUAAUUGAUCGAUUCCAUCAUGUCGGGAAAAAAAUACUUUGGUAAGUCUACAUUCCUAAUUUUACUUCAUCACUUUGGUACGAUCACUAAGUGAAUAUAUUUAAUGUAUCAAUUCUCGUUUUAAUUGUAAAGGACAUAAAAAAGGUCCCGCUCGGAAUCGGUGAACGUGAGUUUAGUAAAGAAUACGCUUCGAAUCACAACGGUUCUCCUGACGAUAGUUUUCCUCAUUUUCGAGGCGGUGAUUUUACUUUGUGAAACGACACUUCUCCAUUGUUUUUCGAGUAGGUUGACAUGCCGUAAUCAAACCGAUCUCCUUUUCUGCACAACGGAUCGAUUAGGAUCAAGAGGCACCUUCCUCUUAGAUGCGUAUGAUAGCGAAAGUAUAUUAUAGGUAUACAUAUUCCUACACGUAUAUUCUUCGUUUGUAUUUAGCCUUCUAAUUACUAACUUUUUAAUCCUUAGUAUCAACUACUUUCUUCAACUGGUCGGGUCAGAAUGGAUAUUCCAUAAAUCUAAGUGACUGAUAAUCGGUGAAGCUUUUGCAAUGCAACCAAUCCAAUUAAUCCCUUAAACCAAAGUUUUGUUAACAGCAAAAGUUCACUUUGCGUUCACAAAGUAAAGUUUUCUAUUUGAUUUCCAAGAAAAUUAUCAAUGUUUUAAAAUAACUUUAAAAUCUGGCUGAUGCGUUAAGGAGCAUUUCGGAAUAACUCGUGGACGAAAGAGAAUAACGUGCAGUUAGGUUUAGAUGAUCGUACUUUGGUUACUCCUUAACCACGAAUUAAGACACGCGUUACUUGAACGAAACCGAAAUGUGAGACAAUGCGCGGUGGAAUGAAUUGCCAGUAGAAACAUUAUUUAGGUCCUACGCUUAUUGGUACGAUAUCGAAAAAAAAGAAAUCGAAGCGAGGACUGCACGGCGUGUAAGUAUAUAUCACGUAUCUUUGCGACAUCAUCCAAUUGUACAUAUAAAAUAUUUUUGACAAAAAGUAUGUAUAUAUAUAUAUAUACACACACACACACACACACAACACUCUCUCUGUCUCUCUCUCUCUCUCUUUCACGCACGCACACACGUAUGUAUACGCCCGCUUGAACUAGAUCGUUCAAAGAAUUAGGCCUGACGUGUAACUUUUUACAUUUGUAUGUCUGUGUGCUGUAAGUACCGUAACUCUUACCUUUGGACCCCUCUCGGCUGCUCUCCCUGGACCGUCCAUUGGCAGGGAGUCCGAUAACAAGAAGCCGCGCGGUACCGCGAGGGUAACGCAAGAGUCGCAGAUUGUCGCUUUGAUAGAUGAGUGAGCUCGAUGGUUUUAUCUAGCAUUAAAGAGAUUGUGAUUGUACAGAAUAUUUAGCGUUAACGACGAUCCGCGAGUUAGCAACAUACGAUAAUAUUACGGAAGGCUUAUAUGUUGUACACCGUGUGCGUAUUGCUAUAAAUUAUUAAAUGCGUAUGUUUUGUACAGUA